AUGGAACCUGCACCGAUUAUUCACAUCCAAUUCAACUUCCGCAAAUUUGUGCAGAUCAACACCAUCCUCCGCAAGUUCCUGAGCCAAAUCAGCAGCUUCUUCGACAUUUCCUCGGCUCUGAAGGUUCUGAUAGAGAUAUAUGAGCCAAGUCCAGCACCGCACUCAGGUUGUCUGAUGAGAAAGCCACGACGAAUUCGCUGUCCGGGUAUUUGA